AUUAUACCUAAUUAUAUACCUAACAAAAACCAAACCAUUAUUAAUUGAUUGAUUCCAUUCCAUCUUCCAAACAAUUCUUUCUUCAUGGAUCGAUCAUCAUCAUCUUCUUCUUCUUCUUCUUCCAACAAGGAAGUUGUUGAUGCAGCUUUGCAUUCAUUUGGCUUCGAAUUUGGAGAGAUGUCACCUCAAAGGGUAACUGGCCGCCUUCUUGUGAACCCCAUGUGCGUUCAGCCGUUCAAGGUCUUACACGGUGGAAUAUCGGCGCUGAUUUCGGAAUCGAUGGCUAGCCUGGGAGCUCACUUGGCAUCGGGGCUGCAAAGAGUGGCCGGGAUUCAGCUGAGCAUCAAUCAUGUGAAAAGCGCCCACCUUGGAGACCUCAUCCUCGCCGAAGCCACUCCCUCCAGUAUUGGAAAAACCAUUCAGGUGUGGGAUGUGCGAAUCUGGAAAUUAUCGGAUCCUUCAAACACAGAGUCCUCCAAAUCAUUGGUGUCAUCGUCAAGGGUUACUCUCAUGUGCAACUUGCCUGUGCCUGACCAUGCCAAAGAAGCCGUGGAAAAUCUCAGACGCCAGGCUAAAUUAUGAACCCUUUUCAGCUUUCUUUUCUUUUGCGACCCACAGCCUGUGUAAUUGUACUAAUUUCAUUCUGUUAUUCUCAAUUUCGUACUGUAUGGUUCGCAAGUUUUAAUUAAUACGAAGAAGAUAAAUAACUUCAAUAAUCA